GUGUGUCCCUCUCUUCCUGUCUCUGUCAGUUUGGCUCAGUAGUUUAGCAAGGCUAGUACAGAGACGAGGGCUGUUCCCUUUCGCCUCUGCUCAGCACAAACUCCAUACAUUCCUCACCAUGGCUGCCACGGACGUUGACGUGUUUUUGAAUGAAGAGAAGCGUAACCUGAAUUUGGGAGGCCAUGUGGGAUUUGACAGCCUCCCUGACCAACUGGUCAGUAAAUCCGUGACUCAGGGAUUUUGCUUCAAUAUUCUGUGUGUAGGGGAGACGGGUAUUGGAAAAUCAACGUUAAUGAACACGCUCUUCAAUACCAUGUUCGAAAACGAAGAGGCAAGCCAUUAUCAGAACAGCGUGUAUCUGAGGCCGCGAACAUACGACCUGCAGGAAAGCAACGUUCACCUGAAAUUGACGAUUGUUGAUACUGUUGGCUUCGGAGACCAAAUAAACAAGGAAUUUAGCUACAAGCCAAUUGUGGACUACAUCGACACUCAGUUUGAGAAUUAUCUUCAAGAAGAGCUGAAGAUCAAGAGAUCCCUCUUCAAUUACCACGACACGAGGAUCCACAUCUGUCUUUACUUUAUCUCCCCGACAGGGCACUCUCUGAAGUCCCUAGACCUCGUCACGAUGAAAAAGCUGGACUCUAAGGUGAACAUAAUUCCCAUCAUUGCCAAAGCUGACACGAUCUCCAAGAGUGAGCUCCAUAAAUUCAAAAUAAAGAUCAUGAGUGAGCUGGUGAGCAACGGCGUCCAGAUCUAUCAGUUCCCCACAGAUGAUGAAGCCGUCAGUGAGAUCAACGCCUCCAUGAACGCUCAUCUUCCAUUUGCUGUGGUUGGAAGCGUUGAAGAGGUCAAAGUGGGUAACAAAACCGUGAGGGCCAGACAGUACCCCUGGGGUGUUGUGCAAGUUGAGAACGAGAGUCACUGCGACUUUGUCAAACUGAGAGAAAUGCUAAUCCGGGUCAACAUGGAGGAUCUGAGGGAGCAGACACAUGCCCGCCACUAUGAGCUGUACCGACGCUGUAAACUGGAGGAGAUGGGCUUUAAAGAUACAGAUCCGGAUAGCCAACCAUUCAGUCUGCAAGAAACAUACGAAGCAAAGAGGAAAGAAUUCCUUGGAGACCUGCAGCGUAAAGAGGAAGAGAUGCGGCAAAUGUUUGUGAACAAAGUUAAAGAGACGGAAGCAGAGUUGAAAGAAAAGGAGAGAGAGCUGCACGACAAGUUCGAGCAGCUGAAGCGGAUGCACCAGGAGGAGAAGAGGAAGGUGGAGGAAAAGCGGAGAGACCUGGAGGAGGAGCUGAACGCGUUCAACAGGAAGAAAGUGGCAGCGGAGACCCUCUCCCUAUCUCAGCCCCUCAAGAAAGACAAGGAUAAGAAAAAAUCAGUGAAGACAGAGAACCAGUCGGGUGUGAGCACCUCCAGCUCCAAAGUGAUGAUGGCCAAGGCCAACGUAGAGCCUUUGAACUGCCAAAGCUGGUGGCAAGCCAUACAGUGCUGCACCUGUCUGGUCCACAACGCUGCUUGGAAGCCAGGGGGCGUCUUCUGAUGCUCCGACCUAGCGGGACCGGUGUCUGUUGCCAAGUCCCAGCUGACGCCGGAGCCGAGCCCGAUGGACGGAACAAGGUGAGGGUGGCCCGAGACGAUUAAGGCGUGGAACUACACCGACGAGGAGAAGAGAAGGAAGAGGAGCGAGACCAAAACAUUAGCAUAAUGAUGUCAUGUUUCCUCAUAGUCCACCACUCCAUCAAUUCCUGAACCCUUACCUCUACUACCUUAUUUCAACAUCACAUGUACCAGUGCCAUCUAACCAUGUAUAUCUGACUCAUCAUUUAUCCCGUUGACCAAACCUCAAUUUGUAUCCACGCAGGACACUGUCACAGAUUCUCUACUCUGCUUUAGUUGUCAUUUCCGCAUUAAAAGCAUCCGUGAACAUCCAAACAUAAAGCUCUGUGCAGGAAGACACUACGAGCGACGAGUAGAGAAUCUCACCAUCAGGUUUUAUUAAUGGAGGGUCCAAUGUUUUGCCUGAGUAAUUAAUAACCUGGUUAAUGUUGUAUGGCAUGUGCAGUGCUUUUCUGUGUUCUCUUAAACCUUAAAUCACAACCUGAACAGGGCCUAAUGUUUAAAAGGACACCGUUUAAAUUUCAUUAAAGAGGUUAUUUCUUCGUCACAUAAUGAUUGGAAACCAUCUGAUGAUAUCAAGACACGCAGGCUAGCUAGCUAUAAUGAUUGUUGGCUGGUGAAAACCACUGACUAGAAUUCACAACACUCUUGUAAUUUUUGUUAUGUCUUGUUUUCAUUCAUGUUUUUUGACGGCUAAACUGCUUUACUUUGUCACUGUAGCAAAAGAAAGCCAUGGGGAUAAAACAAACAAAAAAAAAAAAAGGUAGAUUCAGCAAUAUGGUGAGGAACAGUUCAGCCCAGGCCCCUUCUUCCUUCUGUAUUUUCAUUAUUUAAUUAAAAUCGGGGUAAUGUAGCAAAGAAAGGAUAACGUGUAUCAUGAUUCAACCGUCCUGAUACUGUCACAGAUUGUGAAGAUAUCAGCAUCAUGUGGCUGGUUUUACGUCAGGUUUAAAACAUAUGGAAAGGCAAUGACAAGGCAUCUCUGUAUAUCCUUGUAUUUAUUGAUAUAAAAGUACCAUAGUGGCUAGUCUGUGACAACCUAUUGAUAGAUUUUAUUGAUUGCCGUUUUAUAGACAUGUCGAAUAAUUUAGAAAUGGGAAGGCAGUGGAUUUCCUUCAGGGCAGGGGGAAUGUAUUGUGAGAUACUGAAAGUAUUUAUUUGAAUAGUAUGAAAAGAGAAAGAGUCUUUAUUUUAUUAUAGUUUUUAUUAAUACAUUAUGUCUCUUUAUUUUCAAAGUCUUCGAUUUUUGUAAUGUUAGGACGAUAAUAGAUUUACAACACUUACUUCGCACACAUAAACCUAAUACACUAUCACCGGUCAGAUCCAUGAACCAAACAACAGUUGAGGUACUGCCAUUUUUUUUUUUACUUUGCAGAAGACACUUAAUCAGUCCAAAUGUGCCAAGACAAUUUCUAUGACAGUUUUAUGGUUUGUGGCUUCAGUGAAAAGGUAACAAUCCACCAACUUUAACAUCACAAACAAAGCGCUGAUAUUGAUUUGUUGAGGUUGUCUUUUAGCCUGGGAUGAGAUUCUAGACUCACAGAACGCAUGACAAGACUUCACUGUUAAAUAUAUAUCACUGUUCAAUUUAUGUUCGAGGAGAUGUGCAUCAGGAAUUUGGUAUUCCCUAAAAAAAGGAACAAUUGGUGUCAAUGGAAGUCCUUGUGCGGAUCAGUACAAUGUGCUAACUGUUUGUCGAGAAAAUUAUGGGCUGUAUUCAUAAAGCCUCCCACGGCUCGUCUGUGACCUGUUUCGCCUCUUAUCUCACAGAUGUUGUUUUUUUUUGUUUUCUUCUAAAAGCACUUUCUAUGGCCUAACAGGAAUCACAGGUUAGAACAACUACCAUUCAAACUUCCAAAACACUACUUAACUAAUCACAGGAUUGGGCUCGACAACAUCACUGACUUUCAGUGGAUUGCUGUCAUGACACGAUAGUCGUAGUGUGCUGUUGUAUGGAUAUACAUUUCAGGCAAACUUGAGUUAAACGUUUAAUUAUCUCAAUAGUCGACAGUUCUGGAAUCUAUCAGAAUGUUGAUUAGAUAUUAAAGUGGGACCCAAGUGGUGGACUGAGAUUUUUAAUCAAUAGAAAUUAACAAAAUGUGUCACUGAAGUUAGUUUUACAUGUGUAGAGUUCACCAUCUAAGCAAUAAAUAUAUUUUGUGUAAAUUUGCUGCACAAUGAUUUUGAUAGAAAAUGUAAUUUAACUGAGGUUCUUUGUAAAUCCCACUCAUAUCUGCUGAAACUGGCCUGUGGCAGUAUACUUGUAGUUACUGAAUUUUGUUCUUCACACCCUAGAUGACUUGUUGUUCAAGGCUUUAUGAAUACAGCCCUGGGCCCCAACAGCAUGAGGGACCAAAAUGAUGUUGUGUGUAAAUGUGUUUGUUGACAGUUCACUCAGUGCGUCAGGCUUUCGGCAAUGAUUUAUGAGGGUUUAACAAUUAACCGUUGUGAAUGGGUCCAAGCUAUGAAACUAUGAUGUGCCAUAAACCGAAUAACACGACAAACAACAAACUUGGCUUUGACAAUUAAAAAAAAAAACUGUCUCAACGAUUCACAACAUGGUAUAGAUAUGCCGAUGACGUUCACAUCUCUGGAGAGUUUGAGGUUUAACUGUAGGGCUGCAGGUUAGAGUUAGUCAGAAGUGCCUUGGCCUGAUAUGCAACACGCCCGUUAUUUUCGCUGGCAGCUUGCAAAUGCAGUCUCACAUGGUUUGAGAGAUUGCUAUGCUCAAUUCAGAUUUCAUGCUGAAAUAUGUUUUUUUUUUUUGCUUUUAGUCCAAAUAUGCACAAUUCUGGUAAUAGGCCUAAAAUGUGGUUUACAUGCCAGUUUUGUCACUUUUGCCCCUGAGGCUGUAGAUAGCUGACAAUAAGAACCUUCAGAGAGGAGAUAGACCUUUAUUUAUCAUUUAAACAAUCAUGUGGUUUUCUGGCAGUUUUUGUGGUAAAUUAAAAGCAGGGGUUUUUUUUUUUUUUUUUAAAUCUGUUCCAUGAAAUUUGUAAGCCACAUCGAUUGAAUUGUCUUUAAAUGCUAAGCAGGAUGUUUAAGGCAUUUAUUCAGAGCUGAGAUCAGGCAGCAUUAUAGUUUUUUUUAAUUUUUAUAUGUUAACUUGGUUAUGAUUCAUUGGAAAACCAAAUGUACCCAACAUAGCUCGCAGAGUCGUUAAUUGUAUUAUUUGUUUUAGAGAGAGUCACAUAUUUUAUUUCCCUGCUUUGCUACAGGGAUUGUUUAAAAACAAAUUGAAGGUCACACUCUGACCAAGACUGAAUGGAGCGAAUUAAUAAAAUGGGCACAAUGAGUCAAAUUUAAUAAAUGCACAAUCUCUAUCAGGACCAAGUCUUUCCUUUGGGUGCAAGUGUUUGAGAUGGUUUGUGAACACUAACUUAAGGCAAAUUUGAUGCAAAAGCAUGAUGGUUUUUAUGUGUGCUUUUGUACUGAUGUGUCUUUAGGCAAGACCCGGACCUGAAUUCACAAAGCAUUUCAAAGCCCAGCCGGCUUUCUUUGAGACGCUCUGCUGACCAGUUCAGGUCCAGUUAAGAAAAAUAAAAUUAAAAAAAAUGUCAUGUUUGCUCUGUGCUAAAUUCUGACUUACUAUGUGAAUGAAGUCGACUGGUGUUGCUGUGUACAAGUCCCAGUGCAGCUUGUCUAGAAUGAUCCUCUCCAUGCGAAGAAUCUCCGCUGUUGAAAAGUUGCAUCCGCUCUGCACAACCAGGUCUGUAACAGAGCCUAUUACCUGUUAAACAGAAACGAACAAAGAGAAGCAAAAUAAACGUAUUGUUUUCAAAUAACA